CCUAGGGGCAACAUCCUCUGCUUCAUUGCUAUUCUUCCCGUUUUGCCUGGCGUGAUUGUUGCUUGUUUCCGAUUGGCAUUGAUCUGGUUCUACAGAGUUUUUGGGAGCUGGGUUUUGUCAGGAUUUGUGAAUUGAAGCAGUAAGUCGAUGGGGCGAGCAGAGGAGGCACCAAACAGGCCUGCUAGGUCUGGUGAGGGAUUGCGACACUACUAUCUCUCGCAUAUACAUGAUCUGCUUCUUCAAUUGCGAGUGAAGACCCAUAAUCUUCAUCGACUUGAGGCGCAGCGAAAUGAUCUCAAUUCUAAAGUGCGGAUGUUGAGAGAAGAGCUGCAACUAUUGCAAGAGCCCGGUUCUUAUGUCGGAGAAGUCGUUAAGGUCAUGGGGAAGACGAAGGUUCUCGUGAAGGUGCAUCCGGAGGGCAAGUAUGUGGUAGAUCUUGACAAGAGCAUCGAUAUCAAUAAAAUUACUCCAUCUACCAGAGUCGCGCUUCGGAAUGACAGUUACGUUUUGCACCUAAUUCUCCCCAGCAAGGUGGACCCUUUGGUCAAUCUCAUGAAAGUUGAGAAAGUUCCGGAUUCUACUUACGAUAUGAUUGGAGGUCUUGAUCAGCAGAUUAAGGAAAUUAAAGAGGUCAUAGAGCUCCCGAUCAAACAUCCGGAGCUUUUUGAGAGUUUGGGAAUCGCUCAGCCAAAAGGUGUUCUGUUGUAUGGACCUCCUGGUACUGGAAAGACUCUGCUCGCCCGGGCUGUAGCACAUCACACAGACUGCACUUUCAUUCGAGUUUCAGGAUCUGAGCUUGUGCAGAAGUACAUUGGAGAAGGUUCUCGCAUGGUGCGUGAGCUGUUUGUCAUGGCUAGGGAACAUGCACCAUCCAUCAUUUUCAUGGAUGAAAUUGAUAGCAUUGGUUCAGCUCGUGUCGAGUCUGGGAAUGGUAAUGGAGAUAGUGAAGUCCAACGGACAAUGUUGGAGUUGUUGAAUCAACUGGAUGGAUUUGAAGCAUCUAACAAGAUCAAGGUGUUGAUGGCUACGAAUCGAAUUGAUAUUCUAGAUCAAGCUCUCUUGCGACCCGGACGAAUUGACCGGAAAAUUGAGUUCCCCAAUCCAACCGAAGAGUCUCGAUUGGAUAUUCUCAAAAUUCAUUCAAGAAAGAUGAACCUCAUGCGAGGUAUUGAUUUGAAGAAAAUUGCUGAGAAGAUGGGAGGUGCAUCAGGGGCUGAGCUCAAGGCUGUAUGCACAGAGGCUGGCAUGUUUGCUCUACGUGAACGGCGUGUACAUGUGACACAAGAGGACUUCGAGAUGGCUGUGGCUAAGGUGAUGAAGAAGGAAACAGAUAAGAACAUGUCCCUGAAGAAGUUAUGGAAGUGAUCUAAGUUCCAGGAUCAUGAUCUUGGAGAGCUGGCCAUGUACAUACUUAUAUGGCUAGUCUGCUGUUACUGCUCUUGAAUCAUUUACCCUUAAGUUAGCUUUUUCACUGUCAGGUUUCGGAUAAAGUUUGAAAAUGGUCGGCGAAGGAAGUUAAACUACUUGUAAGGAAUGUAGAAGUGUAGUGUCCCAACAUGUGUAGGUUUCACCAGUAUUCUGGUUGUGAAUUUCUUGAAACUUGAAUACAAGAUGCAUCCAUCAUGGUAGCAAUCAUGAUGACUCAAAGCAGCGCA